GGAAGUCCAACGAAUAUGGUACUCGAAGAGAAGAUAAGGUCUCUCUCUCUCUCUCUCUCUCUCUCUCUCUCUCUCUCUCUCUCUCUCUCUCUCUCUCUCUCUCUCUCUCUGUCUCUUGAUGUAUUUGAUUACUACUCCUUUGCUGAGUUUUUUCUUCGUUUUAAUUGUUCAUUAUAUGCUCUCUUGAUUAGUGCACUUGAAGGUGCUGAAUCAACUUUGGUUAUGGCAUCUGGUAUGUGUGCAAGUACUGUUGUGCUGUUAGCAAUGGUUCCAAGAGGUGGACAUAUUGUGACAACUACGGAUUGUUACAAGGAGACAAGGAUGUUCAUUGAGACUUUUCUUCCCAAAUUGGGAAUCACUGCGACUCUAAUUGACUCUACUGAUAUCGCGGGGCUUCAAGCCAUAGUUAAUAACCAUGAGGUUUCUAUGUUCUUUACUGAGUCCCCAACAAACCCGUUUCUCCGAUGUGUGGACAUUAAGUUGGUUUCUGAAAUCUGUCACAAAAGAGGAACUCUUGUUUGUAUAGAUGGUACCAUUGCAACACCUUUGAAUCAAAAGGCACUUGCUCUUGGUGCUGAUCUCGUGAUCCAAUCUGCUACUAAGUAUAUUGGAGGCCACAACGAUGUUCUCGCUGGAUGCAUAUCUGGUUCAAUGAAGUUGGUUUCUGAGAUCCGUAUUAUGCAUAAUCUCUUGGGAGGCACGCUUAGUCCGAACGCUGCGUAUUUACUCAUCCGGGGCAUCAAGACGAUGCAUCUUCGGGUAAAACAACAGAACUCAACCGCUUUGAGAAUGGCCCAUGUUUUAGAAGCACAUCCCAAGGUGAGCCGUGUCUACUACCCUGGCCUUCCUAAUCAUCCCGAGCAUCACAUAGCCAAGCGACAAAUGACUGGUUUUGGUGGUCUAGUCACUUUCGAGAUUGAUGGAGAUCUAGAGACUACGAUCAAGUUCAUCGAUUCUCUCAAGAUCCCUUACAUUGCAACAUCUUUUGGUGGAUGCGAGAGCUUCGUGGACCAACCCGCCACAAGGAACUGGGAUGUACCACAAGAAGAAAGGCUCAAGUAUGGACUCAAAGACAACUUAGUUCGUUUCAGUUUUGGUGUUGAAGACUUUGAGGACUUGAAGGCUGACAUUCUUCAGGCUCUUGAAACCACACCAACCAAAACUUCAUCGGUUUCCCACCAAAACGGUGUAGUUUUCGACUAAAACUAGUUCUUGAAAUCGUUAUGCAAUUACGCAAACACAAUGUAAUAUAUUUUUAAAAUUUAAGCAAAUCUUAUCACAUGCUAAACACAUCUUGGAGUUCAGGACUUGUCAAGAUCUCAAAGAAGAAUAUGAUAAAAGUAAGAUGUUUAUUCUUGGUCAUACAGUUUAGCCCAAUAAUAAUCUAGAGUCGUGACUAAAGAGUGUGUAAAGGAUAUUAUAAAAAUAACAAGAGGAUUUAAUACUUGUGGAUCCGGUGCUAAUUAUACGUUAAAUAUUAAAGGAAUCUCGUAAAAUAUAUAUAGGACGAAUCUCAUAAAUUCGAUUAUAGAAGGAAUAUUAAUUACAGAUUAGUUUUCUCUAAUAAUAUAGUUGUAGAUGCCUGUUCAAGCCCGCCAAAGGCUCGUUUCAGGUGGAGAGUCUUGUCUAAGAGCCACUUUAGAGAAAGUUAUAAC